AUGGGUCGUGGACCGGGCUAUCUUCGGGCUGCUAUACUUAGUGGCGUACGCAGCCAGCCAGAUGGUAAAAUUAGUGCUGCUCUCGAGACGCUGUCUGUUGCUGAUCAUGACGCCAUCCAUUCAGCACGCCAGAACGGUGACGACGCAACACCAACUGCCAAACUUAUUGAACGAUUGCCCCUUGUCGAAGCAAUGGGGUUUUGGUGA